AUGGACAUCAUCCACCGCCUCAAUCCCUUCCACCGCCCCUCCUCCUCCCUCUCCCGCAACACCCCUACACCCUUCUCCUCUCGCGGCCGACCAUCCUCCUCGCUGGAGCACGGAUACCCCACCCCCGACACCACGCCCCACCCCUCCUUCGACAUCAGCCACCACCCUUCCGUCGAAUUGGGGCGACACUCUCUCACCCCGACCCCAACAUUCUUGAACACACCGAGGGAAGAGGAUGAAGAUGACGCUCAGCGCAAGCUGGGUCAUCGCAGGUCCCACUCCCUCCUUCGCAAUCUGACUUCUCACCCAAGUCUGUCCGCGCUGAAAGCAAAGUCGACCAGGGGCAAGAAGAAGGCAAACAGGAGAAAAGGCAUCCCGCUCAUGCCGACCGACCCGAAUGGGCAGUACUUGGCGCCAGUGGACUUUGGGGAAGCUGAAAGGCCGGGAACGCCGGGGAAACUGAGAAAGGGGAGCUUGAAGGGUAGCAAGAGUCUGCCAAGAGAUCUGAGAUUCAGUGGAGAGUUUCAAGCUUUGGAUUCGAUCCCGCCUUUGCCAGAAGCUUCCACGUACGACACGAGCGCCCUGACACGUUCUCAAUCGAGUGCCGCAACCUCCCGAUCAGGCAGCACCUCGCCCUUCAAGAAGCGCAAUACCAUCCGUCGCAAGCCUGCGCCUUCUCAACCCCCCGAGAUCACCGUCUAUCAUGACUGCUCGAGUACGCCGGAGAGCAUGAGGGUCAGGAUGCGGUUCGAAGUGGAUAUGAACUCGAAUUACUCUGGCUCGCCGUCGAGGAGAAGACACAAGAGCUUUGAUGUGAGGAGCUCGUCGCCGAGUGAGAACCGUGGCGUCAGAGAUCAGACUGGUCGCCAUCUGUCCUCUCCACCUCGAGCCCAAGCAGGUCCAGUCGGAGACUCCUGGGGCGUUUCCGAUUACGCCUUCCCCCGCACUCGACAGCAUCCCCAUCCUGUUCCUAUAAUUCAAGAGCAACGAGUUUUUGCCCAAUCGCUAUACGCUGAUUCUACGACGUUCUUCUCGCCCGGCGAUAUAGUUCCCGUCACUGCGUCAGGGAGAACCGCCAUAACGGAUGAACCGGAGGACAUGGAUCCGUUCGGGAGUGGUGAAGAGAGUCUGUUGGAGACGCCGCGUAAAGUGAAGAGUGCGAGGGAUCUCGGGGUGUCGGCGGAGCAUGGGGCGGCACAAAGCAGUCCGGCUCGUGUGUUCUCUCGGGACAUGUACGGAUCACCGUCCGAGGACUCCACCAGCAGUACCUCCCACUCUACCCAGCUCCUGUCUCCUACUCCCGAGCGCAUCGGUACUCAUCGCCGUGCCGAGUCGAGCCCCUCACCUGGCCGCAAAUCUAGAGAAGCUUUCUUGCGUGCUGCCAAGCGCUCGUCUUCUCCCUUCGAGAUCAAGCUCUCGCCGCAUGUCACUAGGCGCAUGUCUUUAGAUGCGUUUGGUACGCCAACUGCGCCCACCUUCACCAACUCUCACGAGAAAGAGGAAGGGGUUGAGGAGCUUGCCGAGUAUGAAGAAAGCUUCGAGGAAGAAGUCAGCUGGGAAGAGAACCAACUCAGUCUGCAAGACCGUUUCGAAGAUCAGCAAGUGACGCAAGUCUACGAGCAAGACAUGAGGUCGUACGACGAAGUCCUCGCCGACUUUCAAGCUACAGAGCUAUCUACCAUCAUGGAGUCUUCUUCCUCCAGGGGCCACGAGUCUCAGUAUAUGUCUUCUGAGGGUCGUCUUACCAGACGCUCUACCCCUCCUCCUGCUCGUCCGUCAUGGGACUUGUUCUCGGAGAGGACCCAAGAACGCCUUCCUACAACCCCGGGCCUGUCUUCCAAUGGUCUCCCUCUGCCAUCUCCUACUCCCACCACACCUCUCAUUCAUAAAAAGUACGCCUCCGCCCCUCCCCUAGUCGGCGUAUCUCCACAACUACUCGACGCCCAUCUCGAACACUCUCAAUCUCUUCAAGACCAAGUGAAGGCUGGUGUUACCAUGAUGGAAGUGUUGAAGAGUGAGGUGGCAGAGAUGAGACGCAGACUAGCCAAGGAGAGGGAAGAGAAGGAAAAGUUGCUGGCGGCACUGGAAGAAGAGAGGGAAGAGAAGGAGGAGCUGGGGGUAUUUGCGGAGGGGAGGGUCAUUGAUCUUGAGGAGGCGCACAGGAUGAGCGAGGCGAAAGAUCAAGCUCUGGAACAACUUCGCCAAGCCAUGGCCGCCCAUGAACGCACCCUGGAAGAGAUCCGUGAGGACAAGGUCUUUUACGAAGAACGCUGCGAAAAUCUCGAAGGCGAAAACGAACACCACCUCUUCGCCAAACAGACCGCCGAACAAUGCCUCUUGGAGGCCGACAACGAAAACGAAGAACUCAAACGUGAGCUGAGAGAACUACAAGACAAGAACGACAAACUGUCAAAGGGAAAGAAGGCAGCGGAUGAUGUCGUCUGCGAUCUGAAGAGCGAGCUGAAGUAUGUCGAGAGCAGGCUUGCCGACUUUGAAGGGUGCGAGGCACAACUCCGAGAUGCUGAGGCCGAGGUGCUUGAGCUGCGUGGCAGCAAGGAGCGGGCGGCCGAGCUGGCGAAGGAUGUCAAGCGCCAGACAAGGCGUCUUGCAGAGAGGGAUGGGACGAUCUCGACUUUGCGCUUGGAGAUGAGCUCUCUCAAGUGCGAGAUUCUCGAUCUUACCGAGUCGUCUCAACAGCUUGCUGCGUCCAAAGCGCUUGUUAAAGAGCGUGAAGCUUCCAUCGCCUCCCUCACGGCUCAGCUGGCCGACCUCCAAAACCAACUCACAUCCUCCCAAAUCGACGCCCAGGCCGACAAACUCUUGCUCGUCACAAAAGACCAGACUAUCGACGAGCUCAACGAAAAGCUCCGUCUGGUCCGCUUUGAAACAAACGAAAAGCAUUUCGAGUCACAAGAGGCGUUGGGAAAGAUGAGGGGGCAGGUGGAGGAAUCUUCGAGGCUCGGGGCCGAGAGGGAGAUGGCGGGGAUGAGGGCGAAUGAGAUGCUUGCUAGGUUGAUGGAGGAGAAGCGCGGGUGGGAUGAAGAGAGAGAGGAGCUCUACGAGACGUUGAAUCGCGCUCCGACUGGCGAGGAGGAAUCCGCCUCUGAGCUUCGUUCUGAGAUCCAAGAGCUCUCUUGGCAGCUCGCCAACACCAUGCGCGACCUUCAAAGUCUCCAAGACCAACUCGACGUUCAAGAUGCCUCUCUUCAGCACAAGACUGCUCUCAUCACCACCCAAGAGACCGAGCUUUCCAACCUCCGCCAUGCCCUUGUCGAUGCCGAAGAAUCUGUGGCACACAGCAAGGCUGCUAGCGAACGACAAAGCAAGGACUCGGAGAGGUGUCUCGAGCGUCUCAGGGAACAGGUCCAAGAGCUCGAGAGCCGCUUGUGCUCUCAUGACUCUGCCCUCCGGUCUGCUGUGCUAGAAGCUGAGAGCGGCAAGGUCUCUUCACAAGACUCCAAGUGGAGGAUCGAGAGGUACAUGGCCGAUAUCGACGAGCUCAAGCUUAGCGAGACCAAGCUGCGCACCCAGGUCGAAGAGCUUCGGAGGCAGUCUGCUAUGGGCGAAGUUGCUCGGGUUGAUUUGGAGAAGAAGGUCGGAAAGCUGGAGCAAGACAAGGAGCUGCUGAAUGUGGCUCUCGAGAGCAAGCAGAUGGAGGUUGUGCUUUUGCAGAGGAAGGAGAAGCACCGUGCUCCCACGCCUACUCGAAGCGCCCUGAGACCAACCCAUUCCGCCUUGGCCGAUUCGAUCUCCCACAUCCCGCCCACACCUACUCCUAGCAGCGGUCUCGACCAUACUCCCCUCCCUCGUCGUCUCGCAACAUCGACAUCCGCUACUCCUGCAUCUCCUCGUCAUCGAAGCAAUACGGUGGCCGCUUCCAGACCAUCUUCCACCCGCAUCCCGCUUGGCGCGUCUACACGCCACAACAGGGUGUCCGAUGUCUCGCGUAUGGCCGCUGCUGGAAAGGCGCCCACCGCCAAACAGGUGGAGCCGGCAGCGGAGAAGGGAAAGGGAGUGGUGAGGAGAACCAGCUUGCCGGUGCUGGUCGCCAGGCCGGGAAGCGCUGCUACUGGGGCUUUACAGUCGGUGAACGAAAAGUAG